AUGUCCAACAAAACCUAUUCAGCAUUGUUCUAUGGCACACUCAUGCAUCCUCGGGUGUUGCAUAGAGUGAUUGGGGUAGAUGGAAAACAACUCCAGAUCGCACCUGCAGUAUUGUCUGACUUCACUCGUCAUAAAGUAAAACAAGAAGAAUACCCUGGGAUCAUACCUUAUCAAACCGCACGAUCAGCAGAACUUGUACCAGAACUCUCUCGCGAUGAAAAGUGUGUGCGAGGCUGCCUGGUCACUGGCUUGACAGAACGAGAUAUCAUGUUCUUGGAUGUAUUCGAGGGGUCUGAAUAUCGUCGAACCACAGUCAAAGUAUACCCUCUAGAACCGCUUCUCGACAUGACUGUCUAUUCAAAAAAGGACGAUGAAUCACUGGUGCCCUCUUCUCCACCUCCUAUACCAACCGAACUCGGUGACCCUAUUGAAGCGGAGACAUAUAUUUACCUCGAACCGUCUCGCUUGGAGCCCGAACUCUGGUCUUUUGAAGAAUUUGUGGAGCAGAACGCCCGGAAAUGGUACGGUACGGAUGCUCGAGCUCGAGAGGACCUCGUAGAGGUAGAUCGUCUACGUGCGGAAAUUCUUGCUCUUGCACGAGCUUAA